AUGUUUGGUCAGAUUGUCAUCGGCCCUCCUGGGUGUGGUAAAACCACCUACUGCGCAGGAAUGUCGCAAUACUUUACCUUAUUGGGAAGACCGCAUAAAAUAAUAAAUCUCGACCCAGGGAACGACAUUCACGACAACGAAAAUUACGAAUGCGCGGUGGAUAUUAGCGAUUUAGUGUGCUUGGAAAACGUGCAAGAAGAGUUGAAUCUAGGGCCAAAUGGAGCGAUGAUGUACUGUUUGGAGUAUUUAGAAGCUAAUUUGGAUUGGUUGAAGGAGAAAUUAGAACCGUUCGAGAAGGAGUGUUUUUUAAUAUUCGAUUUACCGGGACAGGUGGAGUUGUUCAACUUGCACGAGUCUCUGAAGAAUAUCAUCGGCGUCAUGCAAAACGAGUGGCACUAUCGAGUGGUGACGGUGCAUUUAGUGGAUGGGCAUUUAUGCGCGGAUCCGUGGAAAUAUGUUGCCGCGUUGAUGUUAUCGUUAUCGACCAUGUUACAUUUAGAAACGCCGCACGUGAACGUUUUGUCCAAAGUGGAUUUGAUGGACAAAUACGGCGAAUUGGCGUUUAAUUUAGAAUUUUACACCGAGGUGCAGGAUUUGAGUUAUUUAGCGGAGUAUUUAAACAGCGAUCCAAAGUUUAAAGAGUACAACAAGUUAACGAACAGCAUCAUGGAGAUUAUUGAAGAUUUUGGUUUAGUCAGGUUUACCGCGAUGUCCAUCGAGGAUUUCGAUUCAGUCAACCGAGUGUGUCAGUUGUGCGAUAAAAGCAUCGGGUAUAGUCCAGAGUUCCAUAAGAAUUUAAAAACGCAACAAGAGAGAGGCAGUUCGAGUAGUAGUAGCGCGCACCCCGCGGUCGGUCCCGCGUCGUAUUUCAAAAGUGGAGUCAUUCCCGAACGCGAUUGGGAUCCGAGGAGGGCGUAUUCGAAAAUGCCGGCGGAACCGAUAUCGGCGUCGAAUUUAGACAUCACCGAACGGUUUUUCAAUUCUGUUAAAAUAAGCGAAGAUGACGACGAUGGUGCCGAAGAUGGCGCAGGCGAAGGAAAAGACGAGAUUAAGAAGGAAGCAGUCGAGAAAUAG